AUUCUUCUUCCUCGCUCUCGUACCAAGCUUUCGGGGGGCUCCCCUUUCUUCUCCUCUGCCGUCUGUCGCUCUCUAUACUCCGCAGCUCUCGAUUGAUGGCAACAGAAGAGUCCUAGGUGCAAAUCGACGUGUGCGACAAGCAUAAUCAAGAUUGACGACGCUGUUUGGCGUUCGGUUUUCCACCCUUCUGUCUUCGUUCACGCCGAUCGCUUGGAACGCCCGAUCCAGAUCGCAGGUCGCCGGCGACUUGGGCGCUUCCCGUUAACCCUGAAUUCAGAUUGCGGGUACAUUCUCGAUUGAGGAAAACGGAGAGAGCGAAAUAAACUGCUGGUGAUAUUGACAUGUCGGCACUGUUCAAUUUCCAUUCGUUUCUCACGGUAGUACUGCUGGUAAUAUGUACGUGUACUUAUGUGAAGAUGCACUUUCCGGCCAUUCUGGAGCAGAGGACUGGGUUUCGUGGUUUCUUUUGGAAGGCAGCUAGAAUAGGUGAGCGUCUUAGUCCUUGGGUGGCCAUCGGAUGUUUUUCAAUGGGCGUGUCCAUAAUAUUCUUCUGAGCAACACGCUUGUAAGCUUCAUGUUCUGUUAACAGUUAUGUAUGCUGUGUAAAAGUAAUAGUACAUUGUUUUAAGAUAUGCGCAAUCAUUCACUGUCGCAGGGGCAAGUUUUAUGCAUUUUUUGAACUGGAUGGUCUUCUAGA